AUGCCGAUCGCACAGCUGCUGGAGCUAUGGAAGAGGAUCGAGGUGGAGCCCAUGGAGAGCGAGACGCCCGAGGAGGACAUGGCCCUGGACCCCGCGCCCACCACGGACGCAGACACAGACGCAGAUGCAGAGGCGGCCUCGGAGGAAGGCCAGUGUGACUCCGCCUCGCGGGAGCCCCGGGCCGCGCCUGCCCAGGUGUUCCUGGUGCGCAAGGUGGUGGGGCCGGAUGCCGGGCAGCUGUACGCCAUGAAGGUGCUGAGGAAGGCCACACUGAAAGUCCGGGACCGCGUCCGGUCCAAGAUGGAGAGGGACAUCCUGGCCGAGGUGAACCACCCGUUCAUUGUGAAGCUGCACUACGCCUUCCAGACCGAGGGCAAGCUCUACCUGGUCCUGGACUUCCUGCGGGGCGGGGACCUCUUCUCCCGGCUCUCCAAGGAGGUGAUGUUCACCGAGGAGGACGUCAAGUUCUACCUGGCGGAGCUGGCCCUGGCGCUGGACCACCUGCACGGCCUGGGCAUCAUCUACCGGGACCUGAAGCCCGAGAACAUCCUCCUGGACGAGGAAGGCCACAUCAAGGUGACCGACUUCGGGCUGAGCAAGGAGGCCAUCGACCACGACACACGCGCCUACUCCUUCUGUGGGACCAUCGAGUACAUGGCGCCCGAGGUGGUGAACCGGCGGGGCCACACGCAGAGCGCCGACUGGUGGUCCUUCGGCGUGCUCAUGUUCGAGAUGCUCACGGGGUCGCUGCCGUUCCAGGGCAAGGACCGGAAGGAGACCAUGGGCCUCAUCCUCAAGGCCAAGCUGGGCAUGCCUCAGUUCCUCAGCGCGGAGGCGCAGAGCCUGCUGCGGGCACUCUUCAAGCGGAACUCGUGCAACCGGCUGGGUGCGGGCAGCGACGGCGUGGAGGAGAUCAAGCGCCACCCCUUCUUCGGCUCCAUCGACUGGAACAAGCUGUACCGGAAGGACAUCAAGCCGCCCUUCAAGCCCGCUGUGGGCCGGCCCGAGGACACCUUCCACUUCGACCCCGAGUUCACCACCCGGACGCCCACAGACUCGCCGGGCGUGCCCCCCAGCGCCAACUCGCACCAGCUGUUCCGGGGCUUCAGCUUCGUGGCCUCCAACCUGGUCCAGGAGCCCCCCCAGCAGGACCCGCACAGGACGGCCGUGCACCCCAUCGUGCAGCAGCUGCACGGGGACAACGUCCACUUCUCCGACGGCUACGAGGUCAAGGAGGACAUCGGGGUGGGCUCCUACUCCGUGUGCAAGCGGUGCGUGCACCGCGCCACCGACGCCGAGUACGCCGUGAAGAUCAUCGACAAGAGCAGGAGGGACCCCUCGGAGGAGAUCGAGAUCCUCCUGCGGUACGGCCAGCACCCCAACAUCAUCACCCUCAAGGACGUCUACGACGAGGGCCAGUUCGUGUACCUGGUGACGGAGCUGAUGCGCGGCGGCGAGCUGCUGGACCGCAUCCUGCGGCAGCGCUGCUUCUCGGAGCGCGAGGCCAGCGCCGUGCUGUGCACCGUCGCCCGCACCAUGGACUACCUGCACUCGCAGGGGGUCGUGCACCGGGACCUGAAGCCCAGCAACAUCCUGUACGUGGACGAGUCCGGGAACCCCGAGUCCAUCCGCAUCUGCGACUUCGGCUUCGCCAAGCAGCUGCGCGCCGAGAACGGGCUGCUGAUGACGCCCUGCUACACCGCCAACUUCGUGGCCCCCGAGGUGCUGAAGCGGCAAGGCUACGACGCGGCCUGCGACAUCUGGAGCCUGGGCAUCCUGCUGUACACCAUGCUGGCGGGAUUCACCCCGUUUGCCAACGGGCCGGACGACACACCGGAGGAGAUCCUGGCGCGCAUCGGCAGCGGGCAGUACGCGCUCUCCGGCGGGAACUGGGACUCCGUCUCCGAGGCCGCCAAGGAUGUGGUGUCCCAGAUGCUCCACGUGGACCCGCAGCAGCGGCUGACGGCGCUCCAGGUCCUCAGGCACCCGUGGGUGGUGAACCGCGAGUUCCUGCCCCAGAGCCAGCUCAGCCGGCAGGACGUGCACCUGGUGAAGGGCGCCAUGGCCGCCACCUACCUGGCCCUGCACCGGACGCCGCAGGCGCCGCGGCUGGAGCCCGUGCUGGCGUCCAGCCUGGCCCAGCGCCGCGGCAUGAAGAGGCUCACGUCCACGCGGCUGUAG